AUGAGCACAUCCAGAUUAUGGAGUCGAUGCUUAAGCUCGUUCAAAAGCACAACUGCGCUCAAGAAGCCAGUGCUUGAUAUAAAGGGAAUUGUGGCUCGUCAGGAUGAAAUGAAAGAAACACUUCGGCGCAGAGGUCUACAUCAAGACGACCUCAACUUCCUCAUCGAGAACAGACAGAAGGAAACACAAUUACAGCGAGAGAGAGAUCGUUUAGUUCGUGAUAGAAAGCAAGGAGGUGCCAAGUUGGCAAAGCUACGAAAGGAGGGCGGCAGCUCAACGGAGGUAGAGGAGUUGCAGUCAAGCCUCAGUUCAAUGAAGCCAACCAUAGCUGAUAUUGAGGAGCGUCUUUCAAACUUGUCAGAACAAUUACACGAACAUACAGAAGCAUUGCCUAAUUGGCUAGAUCCAUCUGUUCCUGCGGACGCAGAGGUCCCCGAAUUGCAUUCCAUCAUAAACGAGAAAUCCGAAGAUGCCAUCGUCGCCCUGCUACCUCAAACUGCAAUUGACCACAAGACUAUUGCAGAGAAGCUUGGACUUGUCAAUUUCUCGGUCGCAUCUAGAGUGUCUGGUUCGUCAUGGUACUACUUGAUUGGAGAUGGGGCUCUUUUGGAGCAGGCUUUGGUCCAGUAUGCCCUUUCAAAAGCUAGACAAGCGGGAUACAAGAUGGUGAUUCCUCCUACGGUUGUCAAGACCGAGAUCACGCAUGCCUGUGGCUUCAAGCCAAGAGAUCAAAAUGGCGAAAAGCAAGUGUACGAGCUUGAAGAUGAGGGCGUCUCUCUCACGGGCACAGCAGAAAUACCCUUGGGUGCUCUUCAUUCAUCUUCUGUACUCGAAAAGGAGCAGCUUCCUAUUAGAUAUGUUGGUGUUUCCCGCUCUUACAGAGCUGAGGCAGGUGCCAGUGGAAAGGAUACUACUGGUCUCUACAGAGUCCACGAAUUUACAAAGGUCGAGCUUUUCCACUUCACGAAUCCUGACAGAAGCGCAUCUGAGCUUGAGGAUUUGAGGGAGUUUCAAACCUCCAUUAUCAGUGAAUUAGGCAUCAAGGCGAGAAUGUUGAAUAUGCCUACAACAGACCUUGGUGCCCCUGCUGUGAAGAAGUAUGAUUGCGAGGCAUGGAUGCCGGGUAGAGGCGGAUGGGGCGAACUCACUAGCUCCUCCAACUGCACAGAUUAUCAAAGUAGACGUUUGGGAAUUCGGCUAAAAUCUUAUGAUGGUUUGAUUUACCCACACACGCUCAAUGGUACAGCUAUGGCAGUUCCUCGAGUUAUUGUGGCCAUAAUCGAGCAGUUCUACGACCCAAAUUUGGAUGCGGUUGUUAUUCCCGAAGUCUUGAGACCUUACAUGGAUGGUAAAACCGUCAUUACGAAAAAUUGA